UAACCGCAGAGCAGCUCGAACAAGUAAGUUAAUAUCAAGGCAGUAGCUCAAAGCAAGUAGACCACAGAAGAACUUAUGAACUUUAAAUCUUGCUGUUUCUAAUAGUUUGAUCGCGAUGGGUAAGCUCAUUUCGGGUUCCGUGUGUGCAAGUUGAAUUCAGUAACUGUCUUCUUUCCCAACGCUCUUUCACUUUGUCAAAUGUAGAUUCCUUGUGAUUGAGGACUAUUUUUCCAAGGAAAAGGCAGACGAGCUCAAGUCACGGGCAGAGACGCUGUUAGAAGAAAUGUCUUUGGAAGGACACCCGCUUACGCGUUUCUCGACGGGAACAGGUCAAGACAAGGAGCAUGUCGGGGACGACUACUUUCUCACGUCUGGUGAUAAAAUUCGAUACUUCUUUGAGGAGGGCGCUUUUGAUGCGGAAGGGAACCUCAAGAUUCCCAAGGAACGCGCCAUCAACAAAAUUGGCCACGGACUACACGAAUUGGAUCCAAGCUUCCGGUCCAUAUCAUUGAAUGAUAAGAUGUCGGGCAUGACACGAGAUUUAAAGUUCAAGGACCCGCGGGUAUUACAAUCCAUGUUAAUUUUCAAGCAACCUUAUAUUGGUGGUCCAGUUCCUUCCCAUCAGGACUCCAGCUUUCUGUACACUGAGCCAUUGUCGGCUGUUGGGUUUUGGUUUGCUUUGGAAGAUUGCACAGAGAAGAACGGUUGUCUGUGGUUCAUCCCGGGGUCGCACAAAGAUACACCCAUUACUCGUCGAUUUGUGCGCAAUUCCAAAGGAACGGGAACAACCUUCAUUGGUGAUGAAACACUCAACGUCGAUGAGUCCAAGUAUGUCUUAAAGGAAGUCAAGGCUGGCACACUUGUUUUGAUCCAUGGCAGCGUGGUGCACAAGUCAGCACCCAACUUUUCCGAGAAAUCUCGUUACAUUUACACUUACCACGUGAUCGAAGGCACCGCAAACUACCCUAAAGAUAACUGGUUGCAACCUACGCCAGGGAAGCCUUUCACCGCUAUUUGAAUUCAAAUGAUGCUGUUUUCCUUUAGCAUGCCUUUUGUUACUGUUGCAUCGGUUAAUACUUCUCCAUCCUAAUUCUUUGGGUGUAAACUAUGCCUUGUACACCGUAGACGGUUUACAAAACAUAAUAAAAGGAAACCUGAUUAACGGAUAAGUUAAUUGCCGAAAGUAUGCU